AGCUGAUAAAAUGGACAGUGACUGUAGAAACGAGGAGGUGGUUUUAAUGUAAUGACUGAUCGGUGUAAAAUUACUUUUGUUCUGGACUGUGAUUUGGUUAAUCAAUGUGAAGUACAGUUGUGAUAUUUUAUGCUAAAUGUGUUUGUUAUUGUACUAGGAUAAAGAACAGAUUUUAUACUAAGAUUCGGGUCAUUCCAGAGGAUUUAUAAAAUUUGGUUACGUUUGUUUUGAAUAAGCUUGUGUUUUGAAGAACUAUAUUUCCCAGAAUGCUUGUCGCGCGUCGACACAGAUUCGUUUAGACUGAAGGAUCAGUUUCGACUGUCGGGGCAGUAACUGCGUAGAUCAGAGAGAGAGAAUGAGUGAGGUUACUGAGGAGGACAGUGCUCGGAUGGAAAUGGAAGUCUCUAUAUACUCUCAGGUGGUGUUUAUAGAUGUGCCACCCUCCUAUCCCCUACGCACCCCUGUAACAUGCACUUACCAACUGACAGGGGGCAUGACAUCCAGCACAAAAGACUGGAUUGGUAUAUUUAAGGUUGGCUGGGAAUCAUUACAGAAAUAUCACUGUUAUGAAUGGGUGGCGAGUUCUGUAUCUCAUACUGGACCUGAACCCCACAGACUCCAAAUUGUCUUCAAGGAGUCCUACCUCCCCCAGAUUGAUGAAGAUGACUACCAGUUCUGCUAUAUUGACAGCAGUGGUCAGGUUAAAGGAGCCAGCACUCCAUUCUGCUUUCAAAACCCAGCAGAAUCAAGCCUAGACUGCAGCCUGGACACAGACAUUUUAGUGGUUGCAACACAGGAGCAAGAGGAGCAGAGAGAGAAGGAGAAACAGGCCUUACUGACUGAGAUGCAAGUGCUAAAAGAGGAGAAAAUGGUUAUGAAAAAAGAGCUGAAUGAUAGACUGUUGGAGAUCCUCUGUCUCAGGGAGCAAGAGGAGCAGAGGGAGAAGGAGAAACAUGCCUUACUGACUGAGAUGGAAGUGCUGAAAGAGGAGAAAAUGAUUGUGAAAAAUGAGCUGGACGACAGACUGUUGGAGAUCCGCCGUCUCAGGACUCACAUAGAUGAUUUCAAGUCAAAAAGUUUGAGUGAAUUAUUAUCGUUAAAAGAGCAGAUACCUGAGGGCUCUGAGCAGGUUACCCAAGUUCAACGGCUUUACUCUCAUACAGAUGAAAGUGAAACACAAUCAGAAUCAGAGUCACUUAACCAUCACAGUAAAAAGUAUGAGAAGGCAGUGCAGAAGAUUCUUAUGCUAAAGGAAGAAGGAGCUUGUCUGAAGGAAGAGAGUGAACGUCAGCAAACUGAAAAUUCAGAGCUCAAGAGCAGGCUCAAAAAAUCAGAGCAGGAUUUCAACAGACUUCAGGAUCAGCUCCAGCUGUUGCAGGUGGAUAUGCAGAGUAGUCGGAAAGAGAACGAACGGCUGCGUGCUGAACUAGAGCAGCAGGUGGGAAUAAACAGGGACCUGGAGAAAGAGAACAAGGAUUUAAUGGCAAGCAUGUCAAUACAAGGGCGUCCUGAGGGGGACAAAACGAACACGAAGAUGCAGAUUGAAGCCCUGGAGAACCAGCUGAUAGAGGCCAGAGCGGCAUUGCGCAAAGAGAUCCAGAACUGCAGCGAUGCCAACAAACGAGCAGAAAAUUCAGAGCUAGAGCUAAGAGAGAUGAAGAGACAACUUGAGGAAAGGACAGUGACUGAGAAUUGGAAAGAGGAAAGAAUUCAGAUUAUGACAGUACUUGAGGAAACCAGGAAGAAAUAUGCUGAACAGACAAACACAGCAACAUCUGCAAAACUAGAAAAUCAAAAUCUAUCCAAAGAGAAAGAGGGACUAAAAACACAAGUAGAGCAAUUACUCAAGUUGUUGUCUGAGCUGCAGCCUGCAUCUCCUGCAUCAAACAAUCUUCAGCAACCUGAGUUAUUCAGUUCAUUAUCUACUGCUAACCGCUCCCAACAGCAGCCGCAGUCAGAUUAUGAGAGCAUGCAUGGCAUUUCUAGUUCUGCCACUGACAGAAACAAGGCAAGAGUGUGCUGUCAUUGCCAGGAGAGUUUUCCUGAUAUCACUGAAGAUGAAUUGGCAGUGCAUGAGCAGUCACACAUGGUGUGCCCAUUCUGCACCCUAAUCUGUGAUGGUUUAAGCCAGCAGGCGUUUGAAGACCAUGUUUACAGCCACGAGGAUUAGACAUACCAUAUGUGCAGUCUUAAAGAAAUACAUACUUUACACUGUUUUAAAUAUUAUUACAUUAGAUUAUUAGCUCUUCAUAUUUCUGAUUACUUGAAUAUUUUGCUGUAUUUUUUCUUGGAAACUUUCAACAAAAUGCUUUUAUAACUGUAGAACCUAAACGAUGUUUAAACAUUAGUAAUAAUGUAUACCUUUGUCAUUUAUGUAAUACUUUUUAUUAUAUGAUAUAUUCUUGAUUCUGAUUGAUCAAAAGGUGUUUGUUAAUCACUGUAACAGCAUGACCCUGAAAAGUAGUGCAAUUUGCAUACUAAUACUUAUUUAUAAAUUCUAUAGUUACAAGGACUUGUUAAGGAAAUGCUCUGUAUCAUGUAGCCUCACAAUAAACUAAUUAAAAAUGUCAUUAAAAACAGUCAAUGCCAUGCUGCUUCUUAAAUUUGAC